AUGGCUAGCAUCGUCGCUCGCUCCUUCACGCAUUUCCGCAGGCGGACAGAGUCGACGGAGAUGCCCUCGACACCGGCCAAUGAACAUGCAGGAUGGAUAGACGAUGAGAUCUGUGCCAACUGUGGAAGCGCAGUUCAAGGUGCCAGGCUCUACUGCUCUGACGCCUGCAGGGAGGGGGAUGCUCAACCACACAGUGGUCAACACCUCGCUCGCGGGUCCAUUGGAGCGGAGCAAGAAGGAUCUCCUGCCGCUCUGGCCGGUCCCAGCGUUCUGUCAGCUGCCAACGCAGCGACAGUCUCACCGGCGACUAGGCCAUCUCAUCUGCACAGCGCUGCCUCGUCUGCGCCAGCACUCGCCAAACGCGACGGUCGGCCUGCAGCUGCUGACGAGUUCGAGCACAAGUUUCGCUACCCAUGCCCACCCUCACCUCAUUUCCUGGCUCGCUACAAGACAUCGGCUUUGACAUCGCCAGCUCUGACGGCCUUGGAGAGAAGCUUGCCGCGUGGAUCCGAAGCGCUGGACGAUGGCGCAGACACUACAUCAGCCUCAAUCUCCUCAAGCGACGACAGUGUUUCAGCCGUCGCUGAUCGAGCACAAAAUCGGAGGAGCUCAUCGCGCAGCACCUUCUCAUCAGCGUCUGACAACUUUUCAACGGUGCCAAGCACACCGUCUCCCGCAGUAUGUGCGCAGGAUGACGACUUGGACGACUUUGAGCCUUCCUCUCUUGUGCUCCCACCCAGCGUCAAGCCUGCCAGCACAGUGCUGCUCAAGUCUGCUUCUAGAGACAAGGCGACCGUUCAAAACUCCCCCGCCCUUGUUGCGCAGCAGCAUGUGGCACCCUCAUCGGCUGCCAUUUCGCCAAGUCUCUCGCGAAAGUCGCCAUCUUCUCAUCACGCAACACCAAAAUCGCCUCCAGCUUCCUCGUCUGCGACCUCGACGGCUACCAUGCGCUACGCAAGAAGGCCAAGCAGGACCAAUCUUCCUCCGCCCGUUCUCUUCACCUCACCGGCGUUGACUGCGGUACAGCGUGUCGCAAACAAGGCUAGUCCCGCCGACGCAGCCCUGGGAAGAGAGCAGCGCACCAUCAAGCGCAAGUCUCUCGCCGACGUGGAAAAUCUCGUUGCUCAAUCUGCAAUGCCUCCGCCUCAAAAGCCAACGGGUAGGCGCGCCUCCAUCAAAACGGACACCUUUACCUCGCCAAUCAUGUUUGCUCGACGUUCUUCCACAUCGACCGCAGCGACUUCGGACGUUACCGUCAAUGCGAUGCCUAUGCUUACGGGCAAGCUUGGGUCCAAAAGCCCGGAUCAAAGCGUCUCGGCAGCCAGCUCCGCAGGAAAGACAUUGCGCGCUAUGUCGCCUCAAACGCCAACUCGGGCACUGGCCGGCGUCGUUUGUGGGCGUCCGGGGUGAGUUUGUUGCUAUCAUACUCAGCGCUUGCUUCAAUCUAGGUGUUGAUUGAAUGUAUUCUUUUGUUCGCGCAGAUGCCGAGGUCCCAACACGAACCGCGUUCCCUUGGAGUCGAAUCCCUCCAGCUGGAAUCCAACUUUCUCGCGGCGGGAAAGGAGAUCCACUGUGUCUCCUGAGCCGGUCCUUGGACGUCCUGUGAGGUCCAACAAGGCGCACGGUGAAGGGCACAUACACAGCGCUCGCGCGGGCCUUUCAGGACCCAUGGAAGAGAGCCAAGACGACCUCAUCACUCCCGGCAAGCCUCAAUUGUCUGCACGUGCGGCCAAGGCUGGCCUGUUCAUGACUCCAGCAUUGAAGCCUGCGACUAGUACCGCUGACACAGUCUCGCAACAGGCUGCACAGCGUGAAAAUGCGUCCGCAGGGCUCGCUGGCUCAUCAUCCGCCAAGGAGCUGGAGAGCUACAGCAGGAAUCAACGCGACUCCCAUCAACGCCCCUCCUCUCCGCCCGCCAGAGGCCGGUCGCAUGCGCGAGGACAGAGCAGCACAGCUCGUCGCAGCCCCAGUCCCAAGCGCUUGAAUGCUCGGCGAGGAGUUUCUGAGGAUUCCUUCUCUUCCCGAAUGAGCAUGUCAAGUACAACACGCGGGUCGCGACAGCUUUCAGCGGAGCGCUCGGAGCCAAGCACCGAGCGAGGUCGUACCUCCACAGUUCGUCCGCGCUAUGAACUCAGAUCAGCUUCGCCUUCGGUCGAGACCCAUCAGGAUUCUGUCAAAGAGAGAAGAGGCCGAAGCCCGACUGCUCGUCAAUCGUCUGUCUCAGCUCGACGCGACUCCCGUCGUCGGACGUCAGCAAACCGCGAUAUCAAAGUCGAGCCCGUCCAAAGUCUGGUUAACUUCAAAACAUCAGCAUCAACGGGGAGCCUGCCCGGUCCUAACGCGCCCUUGCGGUCGAUCGACUCGGUGGCCGAACAAGGCUACGACGAUGUCGAUCUCGAAUUGGAGUGA